AUGUCGACGUUAGAAGAUCUCGAUGACCUGGAGCGCGAUGAGAAAGAGCAGAGAAAGGACGGCGAUGACAAAGACAAGAAGCCUAACUCCAACGGCGAUGCCAAAGAUACCGAGAUGAAGGACGCGGAAUCGAAGAAGGAUGAGGAGGAACAAUACAUUGAUGACGAGAUUCUUCAGUCAAGUACAAGAGACAUCAUUAACCGGCGGCGACUCCUCGAAAAUGAAAUGAAGAUCCUCAAGAGCGAAUUCCAGCGGCUAAAGCACGAAGAGAGCACAAUGAAGGAGAAGAUCAAGGACAAUUUGGAAAAGAUCGAGCAAAAUCGGCAAUUACCAUACCUCGUGGGCAAUGUUGUCGAACUCCUUGACCUCGACGUCGAAGCUGAAGCAGCCGAAGAAGGCGCCAACAUUGAUCUCGACGCCACGCGAGUGGGCAAAUCAGCCGUGAUCAAGACAAGCACCCGCCAGACUAUCUUUUUGCCUCUGAUCGGUCUGGUUGACCAUAAUAAACUGAAACCUGGCGAUCUAAUCGGUGUCAACAAGGAUUCAUACUUGGUCUUGGAUACCCUGCCGGCUGAAUAUGAUUCCAGAGUCAAGGCGAUGGAGGUAGACGAGAAGCCGACAGAAAAGUAUACCGACGUUGGUGGGCUGGACAAGCAGAUUGAAGAGCUCGUGGAAGCGGUGGUCUGGCCGAUGAAAGAGGCAGAGCGGUUCAAAAAGAUCGGCAUCAAGGCGCCCAAGGGUGCGUUGAUGUAUGGACCUCCCGGCACGGGUAAGACUCUUCUCGCUCGUGCCUGCGCUGCCCAGACCAAUGCAACCUUCCUGAAGCUCGCAGGUCCCCAACUUGUGCAGAUGUUCAUAGGUGACGGUGCCAAGUUGGUCCGCGACUGCUUCGCUCUCGCAAAGGAAAAGGCUCCGUCAAUCAUUUUCAUUGACGAGCUGGAUGCUGUUGGGACAAAACGAUUCGAUUCAGAAAAGAGUGGCGAUCGCGAAGUCCAGCGGACCAUGUUGGAACUGCUCAACCAGCUUGAUGGCUUCGCUUCAGACGAAAGAAUCAAGGUUCUUGCCGCCACGAACCGCGUUGAUGUCCUCGACCCUGCUUUACUUCGAUCUGGCCGCCUGGACCGGAAGAUCGAAUUCCCCUUGCCGAAUGAAGAAUCCCGUGCGCAGAUUCUGCGGAUUCAUUCGCGAAAGAUGACCAUCGACGAGGGCAACAUCAACUUUGACGAGCUGGCCCGGUCAACGGAUGAAUUUGGAGGUGCACAGCUCAAGGCCGUCUGUGUCGAGGCGGGUAUGAUUGCGCUUCGCAAAGGGCAAUCAAAAGUCAAUCACGAAGCAUACGUGGAAGCCAUUGCGGAGGUGCAAGCGAAGAAGAAAGACACGGUCAAUUUCUACGCAUAA